GAAUAAAAACAGCAACACCAGACAUAGAGGAGGAAAAAGCACAGUGAUCCACUGAACCAGUCUUUUCUCUCUCUUAAUUACUCAUUGUCCCAUAUCUUUUCUCUUUUUUCCCCAACUUCUAACUCUUGGCUUGUGGUAAUUAGUGAAUCGAGAAUAAAACCAGCUGAUCGGGAGAGGGGUGGUGCAUUUUGGAGCGAGAUGGCUAACAGAAACAUUCUGUUGCUCUUCUUUGGACUCCUUCUCCUUGCACUGAUUCAGCCCUCUCUUCAAGGAGGUAUCUAUGUACCCACUGGUACUGGGAUCGGAACAGGAGGAACUGGACCAGGAACUGCAUUCUUUCCAGGGUCUGCUGGAGGAGUCCCUGCAGGCUAUAAACCCGCAAAGGCUGCAGGAGGCUAUGGAGGUGGAGGGCGUGGUGUUGGCCCAGGUGGUUUGGUGCCAGGAGGUGUUGGGCCUGGUAGCUUGGGCACUGGAGGACAAGGUGGAAAGCCUCCUAAACCAGGUUAUGGUAAUUUAGGAGUUGGUGGUCUUGGGGGUGGUGGUCUUGGAGGUGGAGGUUUUGGAGGCGGUGGUCUUGGAGGUGGAGGACUUGGUGCUGGAGGACAUGGAGGAGGUGGUUAUGGAGGAUAUGGGGGAGGAGGCACAGGGGGAUUUUUUCCAGGGGGCUUGGGACAGAAAGCUGCCAAAAGAGGUGCAGGAGGUCCUCUGCUACCACAUGGAGGGACUGGAGGAACUGUGCUUGGCACUGGUGGAGUUCCUGGAGGUACGGGAACUGGAGCUGUAGUACCUGCUGGAGCUCCUGUUAUUCCUCAGACGGGCCUUCCAGGAGGUGCUGCUGGUGGAACUGGAAAGAAAGCUGCCAAAGUGCCAGGUGUGGGUGUGCCCGGACUUUACCAAGGUGGAUUGGUUCCUGGCCAAGGGUUUGGUGGACGUGGAGUUCUGCCUGGAGUUGCUACAGGGAACGGCCUGAAUCCCAAAUCAAUUGGAGGAGGAGGACAAGGAGGUCCAGGACCUGGAGGCCGAGGGUAUGGUGGACCAAUGCAGCCAGGAGUGUUUCAUGGAUACCCACUGAAAUCACCCAAAGUGCAAGGUGCUUAUGGAGCAAAACCUGGAGGAGGAAAACUUUCUUAUGGUUAUGGUGGCUUUGGUGCAGCUGGUGCUGGACUUCCAGGAGGGCAAGGUGGCCCUGGGUCAAAGCCUGGUUAUCCAUUUGGAACUGGAGUCGGGCCUGGAGGCAUCUCACCGGCUCAAGCUAAAGCUGCCAAAUAUGGUGGUGCUGCAAGUGCUCUUGGCCUUGGAGGUGUUGGAGGCACUGGCGGUGUUGGCGGUGUUGGUGGUGUUGGUGGUGUUGGCGGUGUUGGUGUUGUUGGCGGUGUUGGUGGCACUGGUGGACUGUAUCCAGGGCAGGUGCUAGGAGGAGCAGGGCUUGGAAUUGGAUCCAAGGCAGCUAAAUAUGGAGGGGUGCCUGGAGGAGUGCCAGGUGGUGUUCCAGGUGUUGUACCAGGCGUUGUUCCAGGCGUUGUUCCAGGCGUUGUUCCAGGCGUUGUUCCAGGCGUUGUUCCAGGCGUUGUACCAGGCAUUGUUCCAGGCGGUGUUCCAGGCGUUGUUCCAGGCGUUGUACCAGGCGGUGUUCCAGGCGUUGUACCAGGCGCUGUUCCAGGUGGUGUACCAGGUGGAGCACCGGUGGUUGGAUAUUCACCAGCAGCAAAAGCUGCCAAAUAUGGACUUGGAGGUGCAGGUGGACAACUGGGUGCAGGAGGACUUGGAGGUGCAGGAGGACAGUUAGGAACUGGAGGAUUGGUUGGAGGUUAUUCUCCUGCUGCAAAAGCUGCUAAAUAUGGAGUCAGAGGGCUGGGAGGCCCAGGGGGACUUGGUGGAGCAGGAGGACUUGGAGCAGGAGGACUUGGAGGAGUAGGGGGGCUUGGAGGAGCAGGAGGACUAGGUGGAGCAGCUUCUGCCAAAGCUGCUAAAUAUGGAGUAGGUGGACUAGGAGGUACAGGAGGACUUGGAGGAACCGGAUUAGGAGGAACAGGAGGACUUGGAGGAACCGGACUAGGAGGCACAGGAGGACUUGGAGGAACCGGUUUUGGCGGUACAGGACUUGGAACAGGAGGACUGGGAGGUGGAGGAUUUUCUGCUGCUGCUAAAGCUGCUAAAUAUGGUCAAGGUGGUGCAGGGGUAGUUCCAGGUGUUGCUGGAGGAGCAAUUCCUGGAAGAGCCCCAAGUUUACCAGGAUAUGGAUCUUUGGCAGCUGGAGCUAAACCUCCAAAUUAUGGAGUCCCAGGAACAGGAUUGGGAGUCGGUGGGUUUUUAGGUGGAGCAGGACAGGGACUUCCUGGCGGUGGUGGCUAUGGUGGCUAUGGAACUGGUGCUGGUGUCAAACCCCCUAAAUAUGGAGUUUCAGGGGGUACCGGAGUAGGGUUUGGACCUGGAGGACUGGGAGGAAUAGGACUUGGUGGGGCAGGAGGUCUUCCUGGUGUAGGCACUGGAGGUGGACAGUACUCUGCUGCUGCAAAAGCUGCCAAAUAUGGAGUUUCUGGAGGAGCUGGAAUAGGGUUAGGAGCCGGAGGACUUGGGGGUGCAGGUGGAGGAUUUCCUGCUGCAGGAUUAGGAGGUGGACAGUACUCUGCUGCUGCAAAAGCUGCCAAAUAUGGAGUUUCAGGAGGUCCUGGAGUAGGGUUAGGAGGUGCAGGACUGGGGGGAGCAGGAGGACUGCCUGGUGGUGUCCCUGGAGGUGUACAAUACUCUGCUGCAGCAAAAGCUGCUAAAUAUGGUUUGACAGGAGGAGUUGGGACGGGAGGACCUGGAGGGGUUGGGGUUCAAGGAGGCCUCACUGGAGCAGGACUUCCUGUGCCAGGAGCGACUCCAGGGCCAGCUGUCGGUGGUAUUCCUGAUGGUUCUGCUGUUGUGGUACCAGGUGGUACAGGCAUCCCUCUAAAACCAGAAAAGGAUGCGGGUCCUUCUGCAACUGCUCGACCAGGCGUUGCUGGUGGGAUUAUUCAGCCCAGUGCUGGCACCAGUGUUGGUGGAGCAGGUGUUAUACCCUCUGGCGUUGGUACAACAGGACAGGGUCAGCCCAUUGGAACAGGAGUCCAACAACCUGGAGCAGGUUUUGGUGUUGGCACAGUUGGCAAACCUCCUAAACCAUUUUUUCCAGGCACUGGAGUAGGUUUUGGGCAUGGUGGCGUUGGAUAUCCCUAUGGUGGAACCUAUGGAGUUCCUUACGGUGUUGGCACUGGUGUUGGCACUGGUGUUGGAGCUCUACCUGCAGCAAAGCCUUUAAAACCACCAGGAACAGGAGGAGCAGUAGGAACGGGAGUAGGAAUCCCACUGGCAGCAGGAGGUUAUCAAGGUGGGUUGGUGUAUCCCUCUGGAGUUGGUUUGGGAGGUGCAGGUGGAGCCAAACCACCAAAGCCAGGCUUUGGUAAUCUUGGAGUAGGCGGUGGAUAUCAGCAAGGUGUGGGUCAAGUUGCCCCUGGUUAUGGAAGAGGUUACCCCCAACAGUACUACCAAGGUGGAUACGUACCAGCACCUCUGACUCCGCAACAAGCCAAAGCAGCCAAGUACGGGCCACUGCAGGGCUUCCUUGGUGGUGUAGGAGGGGUAGGGGUCUACAGAGGUGGAGUUGCAGGAUGCCAGGGCAAAUACUGUGGGAGGAGGAAGUAGAGGAUCUCUUGGGAUCCAGUGUGACCUCAAGAAACCAUGGUGCUACUGCAUGAUUGAGAAUGUACAUUUUAUAUGCAAACCCCAUUAAAUCAUGUAAAGAUGUUUUUUUUUAUUUACUUGACUUUAAAGUCUGUUUUUAUACAAAACCCACCGACCCAGAAUUUUGUACACAUUCUGAUGUGAUGUAUGUUAUGGAUAGUGCCUCUAAUCAUUAAGCUUUAUCUGCACCAGCCUAGUUAUAAUACAAAGAGAGUGUUUGUGUCACUUUGAGUUCUUGUGCAUUCAUGUGUAUGCGUGUUUUAACUGUACUGUUGUGCUUAAGACUGUCUGAACCAUCCGCUGCCAGUGUGACCCAUGAAUGAUCUUCCUCCUGGUUUGAAUCAAUAAGCACAGUGACCUGUCGUCAGUGUCACAGCCCAUGCUGUUUCACCUCCCCGUGUCAGAGGGUCGUGUCGGACGAGACUCGUCCAGAAAGUGAUGAAAUGUGGCCAAUCCCAGCAUUGUUUCUGCUCCCCCAUCUUCUCUGUGGCUAUUUUUAGACCUGCUGGGUUUGAAGCAGCGGGAACCGACGCUCGGGCCAACCCAUCUGCUCUCAGUAACUUUGCUGAUUCUAGUUGCUAUGCAGUCCAAUUUCCCAGCUCUUUUAGUGUUUGAAAACUUGUGAUGUAUGAAGAGCAGUUUGUGCUCUGAGCUAAAGACAAUCAUAAAAGGGGUUAGCUCCCUACUUGGUUUAUAAAAACCAAAGGAAGAGCAGUGUCGCCUUUAGAUCCACCUAUAAUGAAAUAUGCUUGAGAUACUACUUGGGCGUGUUUAAUUUUAUGAAUGAAUGUUUAAUCGUGUGCUUCUGUCCAGUAUUGCGUUCCUUAGUCUGCUUCUAUAGUUUAGUCUCAUUGCAGCAGUAGUUAUUGACAUUUAUGUAACUUCUGUAACUUCUUGCACCAGCUUGACUCAUAGCUUUAUUGUUAUCAGGAAUGUGUGAUCAUAAAAACAGUCCUUGGCUUCUGCAUUUAUUCAUGUUUAGAGUUGUUAUACAGAGCAAGACUUGGGUGUGUUCAUGUGAGACAUAAAGCUCCCACUGUUCUUCAUUUACUUGAGCUGCUUUAACAAAAGGCUUACUGACCAAAGGUUCAUGAGCGCUGUUGCAAACCUUUUUUCUGUAAUUGUGUACUGUAUUUUGUACUAAUUUGAUGUAAGCUGGCCUCAGUUCCUUCACUCUGUGUUGUGUAAGAACUGUAUUUGAGCCUUGCUCGUCCUGUGCCGUGGGAUACUCUUAAUCUUUAUUUAAAAACUGUUUUUAGAAGGAGGAACAGUGUGGAUUUGCACUUUUUUUAUUUCCACGACACACAUGUGACUUGUUCCCAGAUAUCCUGGCAUUUUAUUUGCUUCUUUAAGUAACAAAAAUAAAAUGUGUUAAAAGGUGA